UGUCACACUACGUCUCACAUCACUCUUUCUCUUUCCUCUUUCUCUCUCUAAACCCCAAACCCUCGAAAGAUCUUCGUUUUCAGGAGAUCUAAACCAGGUACGCAAAUCGAAAUCGCCUACUGCCUUCUAUACAACGCAGAAUAGUGGGUUUCUUUCUAGAUUUUGUACUCUUUUCACAUGAUCGUUGGUUUUUUUUUUUUUUUUUUAAAUUGAUUUGUGUAGUUAGGUUUUCCUGUGGGUCUUGAAUUAGGGUUUAUUAUGUUGGGUGGAUUUACUUUCCAGAGGACACUGUUUUGAUGGACUGGGUGUGAGCUCAGAUACUUCUGCUAUGGAUGAGAGUAAAGAUGUGGGUGGGAGUAGGGUUUUGGAGUCUGCAGUGACUGUGAGUGCACCAGGGCGUGGUGAGAUCCUGGUGGAGGAUUUGGGGGAUGAAACCCUAAUUGAGGAUUCUUUCUCUGAGGGAGGGGGGGAGGAGGGUAAUGGUGAGGAUAUAAUGGUGGAGGUGGUGGGUUCCGAUGUUUUUGUUGAUGGGGUUGGUGGGAAUUCGAAUGAUGAAUCGGGUUGGGGUGGAUUGGUUGUCGAGCCAGGGUUGGAGAAAGAUAUGAAGUUUUUGGAUGGUGGAGGUGCAGCUCAUGAUUUAGCUUCACAGGAAGUUGGGGACUUGGAUAGUGAGGUUUGGGAUCGGGGAAUAGGAACUGGGGUUGGUGAGUCUUCUGCGGUUGCAAGUUCACUUGGUGGAGAAGCCCAGGUUGCUGUUGCAGAGGAAGUUCUGGCAGGGGUGGUGGGUGAGGAGGAUAUGGAGGGAGGCAGGGAAUUGGUUGAUGGUAGUGUUAGUGUAGCUGGUGGUGAGGGUGAUAAAGCCCAGAAUCUAGGAACUGGAACUGAGGCCGAAGGUUCCUUAGCAGUUCAGGAAUCAGCUGGUGAAGAUACCAAAGUUGUCGAGAAGGAAGUUGCAUUGAGGGUUAGUGAGGAGAUAACUGACAGAGGAUUGGUUGGGAAGGGUGUGGAGAGAGUUAUGGCACCUGUUGAUGAAGGGGAGGAGGCAAUUGAUGGUUUGGUAUCGCGAAAAGUAGGUGUUUUGGAUAAAGUAUGGAAUCCUGGCAUUGAAACUGCUGUUGCAUCUUCUUCAGUGAUUGCAAAACCCUUGAGUGUGGGAGGCCAAGUUGUUGUUAAUGAAGCUGCAGUGAUGCCUCAUGAGGAGGGUUUGAAUCCUAAACAUGAAGUUCGAGGUGCUGAUGCUUUGGCAAGAGUUUUACCAUGUUCAGAAACAAGUCUAAUCUCCACUGGAGAGGGGGUUUCUGGAGGCACAGAAAAAGAUGGUGGUGUUUGUGCAAGCUCUGUUCUCUCUGAUGAACAAACCCAAGUCGUGGUUGGAGGGGAAAUUUCAGAAGAGAUAUUGUGUUCCAAAGUUGAAGUUAUGGAAACUGAUGCUUUUCAUGAGAGUUUACAAUGUGCCGUAGAAGAACAGCAGUUGGAGGCCAAGAUUGUGGUUGAGACCACUGAAAGUCACAGUGGUGCAACUGCAGAUUUGAUGUCCUUGUCUCAGUCGACUGAAGUUGGUGGUGGUGAAGCUGCUACGGUUGGCAACAGGGUUCUUUUAAACCCCAAAAAUGGUGCUCCUAACACAAAAGGUUUGAGUGAAAUUGUGCCUUCUUCAGAAAAUGAUCAAAAUUUGAAGGUUGAGGCAGAUCAUGGAAGCACAGAAAAUGUUGCCUGUAGUGGUGGAAUUUGCCACAUGAACACCAAGGAAGUUAUGAAUUCCAAAGAUAGUGUUAUGGGAGCUGAUGCUUUUGAUGGGAGUUUACAAUAUUCAUCCAAAGAUAAAAAAUUGAUGGACAAGACGGUGGAGAGUGGCACCAGAGACCAUAAUGACACAUGUGUGAGUCCCGAUGAAGGAACCCAGGUUGCUGAAAGAGGGAAAGCUUCACCUGUGCACAAUGAGAAGAUAUUGGACUCAAAAAUUGAAGUUGUGGGAAGUGAUGAUGCAGAUGGGAAAUGCUGUUCUCCUGAAAAAGAUCAAGAUAUGGAGGUUGUUGGGGGGAGUGGGAACACCAAUAUUGAUGUUGGUGUAUGUGUAGAUCCAGUAUCCUCCAGAGACCAAAUCCCAGUUGGUACUGAAAUUUCACAGUUGAACAAUAAAGAGAUUUCCAGUUCUCCAAUUGAAGUUUCAAAUACUGAUUCUUUGGAUAGGAUUUCAGCUUUUUCAGAAAAUAAUCAGAACUUGCAAGCUGAAACUGCUUCUGAAGGCAUGGUAGACAAUAGUGUAAGACUUGCUGAUUCAGAAGCCUUGGAUGGACAUACCCUCCUUGCUAAUGGAGAGGAAGUUGCAGCAAUGGACAUCAAGGAAGCAGCACCAAAUGAAGUUGAAUUGUCUGGGAAUGAUGCUUUGGUGGGGAAUUUGUGUUUGGUCAAGGAUCAGGAGCUAGUUGGUGCAAACGCUGAAAAUUUUGUAGAGGCUGAUGGUGACCUAGUGAAUAUUGCUGCAGAAGGUGAUAUUGCAGGAGUAGACCCCAUGGAUGUCUCAAAUCCUGAAAUAGAUGCCCCGAACGGAAAUUUAGCUUGUCCAGAAUCUGUUCCAUGUGCAGAUCCUGAAUCGAAUGGUGAACAGACCUGUAAGAUUGCUGUUGGUGAAGACACAGUUAUAGGUGAUGAGACUGUCUUGGACGUUCCAAAGACUGAUGUCCUGGAUGGUAAUUUAUCCUUCACAGAAAAUCAGAACUCAAAGGUUGAGACAGAUAGUGGAAGCACAGAAAAGAGGCUUUCCCAGGCAGAUGCUGUAUCCUUCUCUGAAGGAACUCAGGUUGCUCUUGGAGGGGAAGUUGCUGCCAUGGAUGCUGAGGCAGUUUUAGAUUCCAAACCAGAAGAUAGGGGAGUGAAUGUUUUGGAUGGGGAUCUGUGUGGUCCAGAUGAAGUUAAUGCUCCGCAGGUGGACCCUGAAUUCAGUUGCAAACAAAGCCUAGUUGUUCAAGGAGACUCUAUAACAGUGGAGGAUGUAAAAAAUUCAUAUUCCAAAGCUGAAGUUCCUGAGUGUGAUGCUUUGAACAAGGAUUUAUCACUUUCAGAAAAAGAUCAAGAGUUGAAGACAGAGUCAGCACUUGGGAGCACAAAAAUGGAGGCUGGCGCUCAUGUAGGUCCAUCUGGUCUUGGAACGGUUUCAGAUAGUUUGGAAGAGCAUACUUCUGUGCAACAUGAGAAAUUGGAGAUGGUUGUCCAGUCAGAUAAAAUUUUGGCUCAUGAGCUAGAUGGAGAUCAGAGUGUGAAUCCAUCUACUGUAGAAAAAAUGUCUGACCAAGUGUCUUGUGUUACAGCUAUUUCAAAUUCAGUUGUUGAGGUAGCUGUUGGAUCUCAAGGUGGAAAUCAAGGACCAGAAGUUCAUAUUGUCAGCAAUUAUGAUUCUUUACCUGAUGGAGAUGAUAGUAUGCAUAGUCAUGCCCAUGAUUUGGUAAUUUCUCCUGAAAUUGCAAAACAGGCUGUGGAAGCAAAAGACCAAUCCUUUAAUAUAGAUGAAGAUAAUAUUAUAGAUUCUGAUGUUCCUGAUACUAAGGUUUCUGAAUUUGGUGACAAUGAUGGCAUUGUGGGCAGCUUGGUAGUAGAUUUGGAUGCUGGUCCCAGAAGGGAUGGAAAUUGGAAUCUACAUGGUGAAAUUUCCAAGAAAAACAUUCCUUCUCUGGAUGAAUCUCACCAUGAAGAAGCUGAUUUUCAAGGAACAGUGGACAACUUAGGUUUUGAGAUGUCAGAAUGCUUAGAAGAGUCCACAGCUUUUGAUGAUGCCCAGGUUAUUUCAGAUGUAGGGCAAGAAACUGAAGCUGAAGGACAAGUUACUGAUGCUGAACAGGUUUGUUUACAAGGAGGGCAAGAAAUAGGAGCUGAAGAACAGGGUACUGAUAAUGAGCAGCAGAAAAGCUUAGAGGAGAAAACGGUGAAACGUGCUACUCUGAAGCCUGGAAGCCUGAUAAGAGGACAUCAAGCUACUUAUCAGCUGCCACCAGAAAGUGAAGGUGAAUUUUCUGUCUCUGAUUGUUGGGGUAAAGUUAGGAGCCAUCCCUGGUGGCCUGGACAGAUAUUUGAUCCUUCAGAUGCAUCAGAGAAGGCAAUGAAAUAUCACAAAAAGGAUUGCUUUUUGGUAGCCUAUUUUGGGGAUCGGACAUUUGCUUGGAACGAGGCAUCACUUUUAAAACCUUUUCGGACACAUUUCUCUCAGAUAGUGAAGCAAAGUAAUUCUGAGGUGUUCCAUAAUGCUGUUGAUUGUGCUUUAGAUGAGGUCUCCAGACGGGUGGAGUUAGGGUUGGCUUGCUCUUGCAUACCAAAAGAUGACUAUGACGAGAUCAAAUGUCAGAUUGUUGAAAACACUGGGAUCCGGCCUGAAUCAAGUAGAAGAGAUGGUGUGGACAAAUCUGCAACUAUGAGUUUGUUGGAACCUGAUACAUUUGUAGAGUACAUAAAAGCAUUAGCUCAGUUCCCUUCUGGUGGGGCUGAUCAACUGGAACUUGUGAUUGCUAAGGCUCAACUGUUAGCUUUUUCCCGUUUAAAGGGCUAUCAUAGGCUGCCUGAGUUUCAGUAUUGUGGAGGACUGCAAGAAAAUGAUGCAGAUAUUUCAUGCUUCAAUGAAAUGAUGGAGCAUGAAACUGAUGUUUUGAUGGGUGAUGAUGGGAAGUUCAAAAUCCAAAACAGCUCUUCUCAUAAACGCAAACACAAUUUAAAGGAUAGUGCAUAUCCUAGAAAAAAAGAAAGAAGCUUGUCAGAAUUAAUGAGUGGGAUGGCAUACUCCCCAGAUGAUGAAAACGAUUCAGAUGGGAAAGCUACAAGUAAACCGGUUUCAUCUUCUGGAAGGAAAAGGAAAGUUGUUGAUUCGUUUGGUAAUGACUCGGAGGUGCAAGAUAGGACUGAAAGUAUUUUCGUUGCAAAAGUUUCUAAUACUUCAGCUCCAAGUCCAAGGCAGUCUUUUAAGGUUGGUGACUGCAUUCGGAGAGCUGCGAGCCAACUGACUGGCUCUCCUUCAAUUUUGAAGUGUAGUGGUGAAAGACCUCAGAAGGUAGUAGAUGGAAGCAUUGGCAAACUUGGAGGGCCUGGAUCUGAUGUUUCAUUAAUGAGUCCUGAGGACCCUCAAAGGAUGAUCAUUCCUAUGGAAUAUCCAUCUCUAGAUGAGAUGUUGUCGCAACUUCGCUUGGCUGCACGAGAUCCAAUGAAAGGUUACAGUUUCCUGGAUACCAUUGUAAGUUUCUUCUCCGAAUUUAGGAAUUCAAUACUUCUAGGCCGGUAUUCUGGAAGGGAGAGUUUGACCAUGGACAAAGUAGCUGGUAAUAGAAGAAAGAAAUCAUCCCAACCUAUUGGAUCUCCUGAAGAGUUUGAAUUUGAAGAUAUGAAUGACACUUAUUGGACAGAUAGGGUUAUCCAGAACACUUCUGAAGAGCAACCAGAGCAACCAGAGCAACCACCUCGCAGUGCUCGAAAGAGAAAAGAACCUCAGUUUGGCAGCACUGACCCUGAAAAAUCCCCUCAAUUAGGACGUAGGUCAUAUUCUAGGAAGCGAUAUUCUGAUGGCAAUCAUGAACUGGCAGUGGAGAAACCAGCCAACUAUGUUGAUGAGAAAGAGCGAGAAUUGUUGCCAGCUGAACUUAUACUGAACUUUCCUGAAGUAGAUUCUGUUCCUUCAGAAAUGAUUCUGAAUAAAAUGUUCAGGCGUUUUGGGCCUCUGAAGGAAUCUGAGACAGAAGUUGAUAGGGUGACCAGCCGUGCUAGAGUGGUUUUUAAGAGGUGUUCUGAUGCAGAAGUUGCUUUUAGUAGUGCUGGAAUGAUCAACAUUUUUGGACCAACGCAUGUUAAUUACCAGCUCAAUUAUUCUCCCUCAACGCUAUUUACACCUUUGCCCAUUGCAAUAGAACAAGACCAGGAUGUUGAAAGUUGACGUCUCACUCUGGGAAUUAAUCUGGUGUAGAUGUUUCAGGUGAGAGCCAAUGGUAUAAGAUAGUGGCAAGAUACAACGCCAGAUGAUGAAAGCUAUAGCAGCAUGCAACUGACUGAGCUGCUGAAGAAGGUGUUGUAUAUUGGGCUCAAGGGUGGGGGCUGAGAUGGGAGUUGUUGGAUUUGUAAAAUGAUCGUAACCUUUGUAUUCUACCUUUUGUGUUUCAGAUUUAGGGUUGUAAUUUUAGUUGUGGCAAAAACCAACCUGGUGGUUGGUACUCAUCCUACUAUCUAUAUGAUAUGAAAGGUUGUCUCGCAACUUUGAAACUGGCCAUAAUAAUGCUCUUUUAGUUUCAAAAUCUGGGAGGUGAAGUUCAGCAUCCCCAAUUCUUGGACGAGUUGUUGAUGGGGUCUGUCUUAAUUGUUCACUGUGGUGCCCCACAACCAAAUGUCAUUCAUUCCUGUAAUAGACCAUUGAAACCCUGCAUGCUUUCUCAAGUGGUAUUUUGAAUUUUUGAGGCUUGGGCUAUAUUUUAUGCUCGAUAUUCA